AUCUCGCGUUGCUAGGUCUCGCGUCGUAACCACGACUACGUUCUAAACACAUUUUUUCCCCCCCUCUCGCAACGUUCAAGUGAAAGGAUGGACUCUCCUGAGAAAAGUGGAAAACUACAACACAAAGAGUCAGCGGAGGAUGUAGGGUGUGCGAAAGAUCUUAAAGAUGAUCAGAGCGUAAAUGAAGGACUCGAAGAAGACUUGGAAGCGACAGAGAAAGCCAUCCAGGACCGAGCAGACGCCGUCGCUUCACUUAAUCGGAGGCCCAGCGCCUGUUACCAACAGCUUUCUGUGUUUGACUUUUUACUGAAUUUCCUGUUCCAACACGGCAUGACGGGGACUUUGGCGUGUUUUGAAGCGGAGUGGUCUGAGCUGCUGCUGAACGGAGACGUGGACGCGAAGCAGAUCGGCCUGAUCCCGAAAGUGUACACCGAGAACGAGCAUUUGGCCCGAGAGCUGGAAAGUGCUCGGCAGGACAAGGAGGAGUACACGCAGGCGGCCGCUGUCGCAGCCGAGGCCCUGCAGAGGGCCAAGAGAGCCAACGAUGCCCACCGGCUGGAGCAUCAACGCUUGGUCAGAGAGGUAAACAGACUCAUUGUGGACAUGAAUAAGCUGAAACUGCAGUGUGAGAGGUACCAGCCUGAAGUAAAGAGGAUGAGUGACAAAUACCAGGGGCUGUCAAAGCAGGUCCUGCAGGUGGCGCUGGAGAGGGACAAAGCGCUACUGCAGGGGGACAAUCAGGCUGCCCGACUGGAUGCCUCCUCAUCUCAGACCAAUGGAAACAGUGGUUCAUUGAAAUAAAUCUUAACUUCAUAACAAUGUGCUUCAUUCCUUUUUGAAUUUUUUUCCAAAAAAUUAUGUCUCCUUUUGGAUUGGUGACAUAAAGCCGUUAGAGUUUUCCAAUACAGAAUGUACAAAAAGCGUCAUUAUUAAUGCAACUUUAAUACACAAGACAUAUGAUUUUGUUGUCCGUCUUAAAGCCGCGGUGAAAGGUUUUUGAAUCGAAACUUUAAAGUUUAAAAAGUUAGAAGAAAACUGUCAGCAUUUUUCAUUUGGUAAGACGAGUCAUGCUACAACAGCCUUCUUCUGUUUUAAAAUAACUACAUUCUUUAAAAAAAUGAAUAGCAGGAAUAGGAACACCAUUUCACGAACCUCAAAUAACCUCACAAUGACAAUAAUUAGGAAAUGUAUUAAACAGUUUAUCACAAAGGAAAGAAAGCAUGAAUAGCCUCUUAAAUCUUAACAUUAAGAUUUAAAAACAUUAACCAAACAAAAAAGAAAGAACGGAAACAAUUAGAGGGAACAAAGUUUUGACAAAAUAAAAAGCUAAAUUUUGCUUUAAAAAAAGUAACCUUUUAGAUUUCCUGUAUGUAAUUCAAGAUGAACUGUGUCCAUCUUUUUUAGAUUUCACAAAGAUAUUUUGCCUUGUUUUUCCAAGUUGAAAAGUUCUAUUUUUAACCACAAGAGGGCGGUCUACAUCAAGCUCAGCCUUUUUUACACAGUGGAAAACCCAUUCAGAAGUAGAAGCAGAAAGAGUACAUGUAGAUUUCAAAUGUGAUUUCUCUCACAUCACUGAUGCCGGUAAGAUUGUGUGGCUUUGAGCAGAAAUAAGCAUGCUUAUUAUACCCCACAGAGCACAAAUACUUUUAAGCCAAUAUUGCAAAAAUAGAUCUAAAUUACUUUGAGAGGUUUAUGAAUUUGUUAUGAGAAUGUUAAACAUGUUAGUGUAAUAGUCUCCUCCCUGCAGGAGGACCAGGAAUUUCUAGUGUUUCCAUCAGUGUGCUUUUGUUUUGCUGUAGCCUUGAUAAUAUGUUGGGCAGAGCAAGACUCAAUCAACCUAAAACCUUUUUUUUAUAUCUGUUUAAGAUGAAUAAAUUUAAAGUUAAAACAUGUUACGAUGUCUGAUGUUUUCACACUUUGUCAUUACAGCCACAAACGUCACCAUAUUUUAUUGUGUUUUCAUGUUGCCGACACGUGGAAACAAGUGUCUUUGUGACGUGGAAAAUGAAGGACGCGGUUUUCAAUAAAAAAGAAAAUCUUGCACAAA